UCUCGUGCCGCAGUCCCUGGGAGAGCCAGCUGCAGCCGCCACUCAUCUAGGCCAAAUGUCUUCACCCCUGCCUGUGGACCCCCUCAGCAUGCUAUGAGCAGGCUGCCUGCAUGUGAAACGGGUUCAGACCAGGCUACCCCCAAACACAGCAGACUUGAGGAUUUUCACCAGCGACAGAUCCUCUUCCUAAACGGAGAACUUCCUGAAGCUCCACUGUGGGAUCCUGGCGUGCAGAGGUCCCGAGGUCCAGGAACAUCCUUUCCACCGCUCCCUUCGAAUUUAUGGAACCACCACAGGGGUGCAGCCAGAAGAUCUCCCUGUAACCGUAGCUGGCAAAGACCGAAGCAGCCAACUCAUCUGAAGCCGGGCUGCCCUGGAGGUAGUCAUAGGGGUGGAGCUGAGGGACUCGUCUCCAGGUUUCAGGGGCUGGCUCUGAGUGGGCAAGGUGUUGAGCAAAAGCUUCUGGAGAUCUUGGGAGAUCUGGAACCUGGGGAGACAGAAUCUGCCCGCCAGCUUGCCCGUAAGCUGAACGUCAAAAAGAAAGUGGUCAACCAUUACCUCUACCAGCUUCUGCUCCAAGGGCAGUUGCAUGCAUCAGUGACGAGUCCGCCAUCGUGGAGGUUAGCAGACAACCACAAGUUCUUGGAAGCAACAACAAGAGAGGGACCUGGUUCAGCUGGCCAGGAGGACUCGAGUCACCUUGUAGAGUUGGGGAUCAGAGGAGAAAGUUCUGCCUCAGAUCAGGAGGACCAUCUUGGUUCUCCUGACAUGGCUGAAGUCAAGGAGAAGAUCUGUAGCUUCUUGUUCGGGGUGGUGGACUCCACAGCACAAAACCUUGCCAGAAACAUUGGCUUGACCAAAGCCAGGGACGUCAACGCCACCCUCCUGCUGCUGGAGCAGCUGGGGGAGGUGCACAAGGAGAACGCCAGCCCUCCCAAGUGGUCCCUCACGGACAACAAGCGGAAGCGGAUGCAACUCAAGAUGAAAGCGGAAGAGGUCAGGCAAAUGGUCACGCCGGAUCCUGAGCCCCCAGCUCCUUGCGUGGAGCCAGAGACUCCUGCCGGUGUGCCCUCUCCUCGUCCUUCUCCUUCACCUUCGCCACCUCUGCUGCCAGAGGGCGAGGGGGAGAAAAUCGAGAACGGGCAGCAGACCGCCGAGCAGAUGGAGCCAAGUGGCUGUUGUCCUCCCUGGACGGGCCCCUCUCGCAAGCGGCCGAGGUACCACUGGUUCUCCCAGUACGACAACUUUGAGAACGGCAAGUGGGCCACCGACGACAUCCCGGAGGACUUGAAUGCCAUCGGCAACCAGGACGAGUCAAGGUGUAUUAUGGAGUCCCCUCUGUCCCCCAGCUACACCGCCCAGUUCGACACCGCCUUCCAGUGCACCCCCCUGGAGAAGCUCAUGGUGUGCCAGAAGAAGAACCCCGUCAGUGGUCUGAUCGAGUACACGCAGUAUAUGUACCAGCAUUGCGAGUUUGUCUUGCUGCAGCAGAGCGGGCCGUCCCACGAGCCACGGUUUAAAUUCCAGGCCAUGAUCGACGCCCGCCGGUUCCCUCCGGCCGAAGCGGGCAGCAAAAAGCUCGCCAAGCAGGAAGCGGCCGCCAAUGCCAUGAAAAUCCUUCUCCAUGAAGCCGAGCAUGAAGGGGAGGAGAGCAUGGGGCUGGAAAAGUCGCUGUACGAGGACAGUUCCCUCAGGGAAGUGGAGAUGCCUGAACAAGCAGCCCCCGAGCCCUCACCUACCGCACCACAGCUAAGCCUUCUCUCUGGGAAGAACCCCAUCAGCGCCUUGAUGGAGUACGCCCAAAAGUCGGGGAGCGUCUGCGAAUUCAAGCUGCUCUCUCAGGAUGGGCCACCCCAUGACCCAAAGUUUCGGUACUGCGUGAAGGUGGGUGAGCGCGUCUUCCCCACCGUGGUCUCGAACAGCAAGAAGGGAGCGAAGCAGAUGGCCGCCGAGGCCGCCAUGAAGGGCCUGUCUGGGGACACGAGCAGCUCGCCCGAGCAGGUGGACACCCAGGGCGAGCAGGCACCGGAGAUACGAGGUGCCCAGGUGGGGAACGUGGAAGAGCCCAAGGCGGUGAGCGCCAAGGGGGUCGGCGAGUUGAUCAAGUACCUGAAUUCCAACCCGGUCAGCGGCCUUUUGGAAUACGCCCGCACCAACGGAUUUGCCGCCGAAUUCAAGCUGAUCGAUCAGACCGGCCCUCCCCACGACCCAAAGUUUGUCUUCCAAGCUAAAGUGGGGGGGCGCUGGUUCCCGUCAGUAACAGCACACAGCAAAAAGCAGGGGAAGCAGGAGGCAGCGGACACGGCGCUGCGAGUCCUCAUCGGGGAGACAGAGAAGGCCGAACAGACGGCCGAAGGACUGGGCAUCACUGAGCUCCCGGUGAGCGGAAGCACGCUGCACGACCAGAUCGCCAUGCUGAGCCACCAGCGGUUCAACGCCCUCACGGCCCGCAUCCAGCACAGCCUGCUGGGGCGCAAGAUCCUGGCCGCCAUCAUCAUGAGGCGGGGGCAGGAGGGGCUGGGGGUCGUGGUGAGCAUCGGAACAGGAAACCGCUGCGUGAAAGGGGAGGAGCUGAGCUUGAAAGGGGAAACGGUGAACGACUGCCACGCAGAGAUCAUUUCCAGGAGAGGAUUCAUAAGGUUUCUCUACAGCGAGCUCAUGAAAUUCGACCCCUCGGCACCGGAGGACAGCAUCUUUCAGCCUGUGGAGGAUGGCAAACUGAAGGUCAAGAAUGACAUCACCUUUCACCUGUACAUCAGCACAGCACCUUGUGGGGACGGCGCCCUCUUCGACAAGUCCUGCAGCGACCAGGCCAGCACCGCCGGGGAGGACCAGCACCAGCCCCUCUUUGAGAAUCCCAAGCAGGGGAAGUUGCGCACCAAGGUGGAAAACGGCGAAGGCACCAUCCCGGUGGAGUCCAGCGACAUCGUGCCAACCUGGGACGGCAUCCAGCAUGGCGAGCGGCUGCGCACCAUGUCCUGCAGCGACAAAAUCCUGCGCUGGAACGUGCUUGGCUUGCAAGGCGCCCUGCUGUCUCACUUCUUGCAGCCGGUCUACCUUCGCUCGGUCACCCUCGGCUAUUUGUACAGCCAGGGCCACUUGACCCGUGCCAUUUGCUGUCGUAUGUCCAGGGACGGCAACACGUUUGAGACGACACUUCCCGCGCCCUAUUUCGUCAAUCACCCUGAGGUCGGCCGAGUCAGCGUCUACGACUCCGCGCGGCAGACGGGCAAGACCAAGGAGUCGAGCAUCAACUGGUGUCUCCCUGACAACACCAGCGUGGAGGUGCUGGACGGCACGAAAGGCAAGGUGGACGGCCCCAAGCUGGACGUUUCACGCGUCUCCAAGCAGAACCUCUUCGCCCUCUUCCGGUCGCUGUGCGCCAAGGCGGAUCGGAAGGACCUGCAGAACUUUGCCAUCUACGCCGAGGCCAAAGAAGCUGCCCUCGCCUACCAGAGUGCCAAGCGGCAGUUCUUCUGGGCCCUGCAAGAGAUGGGCUACGGGAGCUGGAUCUGCAAACCUCAAGAGGAGAAAACAUUUGUCCUGCCAGAAGUUUAAAAAGCUGGGCCUUUCGCUUGAUUUUUUUUUUUUCUUUUUCUUUUUUCCCCCUUUUGUAAUUUUCUGCAGAUGUCGGGAAAAGGGAGGAUUUAUUUUUUAUUGUUUUAGAUUACGGGUGGUUUGUUGUCAUUUUUAACAGAGCCAGGAAUGUUCGUGUAGAGUUAUGGCUUUCCGGAAACGGUCUGUCCUUCCGGUGUAAAUCGGCAAGGUGUUUUAAUUUGGUGGGGAAGGCCAGGGGUCUUCCCCGCUUCCUUUUAAUCCCCCCCUCCCUUUUUCAGCAAAGGUUUGCGGAGACGCGAUCCAAAACAUUGCGCUCGAGGGAACAAGAGAUCCACCAGCAUUCCUCUCUUCCCACUUACCCCUUCCUUCCUUUUUAGUUUUGGGGGCUGGGGGACAAAAAGAAAUCAUCAUUUGAACCUCCCUUUUCAAGCUGUGAAGUUGGUGCACUGGUAGCUUUGUGCUCACACGUUUAUUCCUUUGCCACAAGGGCUCUCUUCUGCCCAGCUGGCUUCCAGAGAACGUUGCGGAGAUUUCCCACCUUGUUUGAGCGAGUUGGAUUGUCGAGGAACAUUCCAGCCUUCCCUCAAAUCUUUUGAGCGACGCCUCUGGGCCGAGGGAUGGUGUCAAGAUCUGCCUGACUUGGUGGGUCCAGUCAGGCCGUCCGAGGUGGCUGUUCUAUGGUUAGGUCUUUCCCGCAGAGCCCCACGCAAGCUGCACGGUCCAUUUUCCCCA